AUUUCUUUUAAUUUAUAACAAACAAUGAGUCAUUCGACGAGUCAAAGAAACACAAAAAAAACGAAUAAUGUGUUAGAGACUUGGGGAAAUGAUGCAACAAUGAAUUUAAAUGCAAUCAUUUAUCAAAAUAUUCUUUCCUCUCCAUAUUUUCGAUCAUUAUAUGCUAAAAAAACUUUUCACGAAAUUGUUGAUGAAAUUUAUAAUGAAGUUUAUGUAUUAACUCCAUUCAUUAAAGGCACACAACCUUCAACUGCAUUUUGUUGCUUAUUCAAGAUGUGGACACUUCGAUUAACCAUAAAACAAAUCGAAAACUUGAUUGAUCACGUUGACUCACCAUAUAUUCGUGCUAUCGGCUUUUUAUAUUUACGUUAUGUAUGCGUCCCUGCUCAACUUUGGGAUUGGUUCCAAUAUUAUCUUGAAGACGAAGAAGAAAUUACGAUAUCAAGUGGAAUUAAUCCAACAAAGAUCACUAUAGGUCAAUUAUGUCGUAUGUUACUUACUGAACCCAAGUUUCAGGGAACUAUGUUACCACGUAUCCCUAUCCCUAUUGCAAGAGAUUUAGAAAAGAAAUUAGAAGAUUAUGAUAGAGAGAAAAGAAAAGGCUCAAGAAACAAUGACGACUACGACGACGAUAACGACGACGAUGAUGAUAGAUAUUAUUCCAGAAGAGAUCGUAAUAGAGAUAGAUCAAGAAGUAGAGACCGUAGUAGAAGUUAUAGAAGCAGAUCAAGAAGUAGGGAUCGCAGUAGAAGUUAUAGAAGCAGAUCAAGAAGUAGGGAUUAUCGUAGGGAUGAGUUUGAUGAUUAUGAACGUCGUCGUAAAUAUUACGAUAGAAGAAGUAUUAGUCCUGAUAGAAGAAGAGAUCGUCGUUAUUCUUCUAGAUCUAGAUCAAAAGAUAGAGAGGGUAGUAAAUAUCGUAAUUAUUGAAUUAACAACAAUAAAUAUAUUCAUAUGCAUCUUGUAUUGAUUUGAU